AGUCCGCCGAGAAAGUCCGGCGGACCUAAAACCCUAACCACAACCAAAUAUCUCAGUCAGACUCAUUCUAAAGUUUGUUUGUUUAAUCCGAGGUUCAAUUUUGGUUCUUCUGGAUCGAAUCUCACUCAGUGAUAUAAUUUUCAGGUGGCAAUAUCACAUUCACAGUUUCAAAUUUCAGAAAGGGGGCCUUUGAUCUUGUUUGGGGUUUGAUCAGGGAGACAAGAAGGCCGAAGUCUAACAUUUGGUGACAUUGUUGUAUAAAAAUGGCAAACAGCAAGUACUUCUUGCUACCUGCAGGAGUCCCUCUCGCAUUAGCCCCCUUCUUAGUACUCUUUGAGCUAAUCUCUUAUUGUUUUCGAGCAUUAAGCUUGGGAAUCCGAUUAUUUGCUAAUAUGAUGGCCGGUCAUAGCCUUGUUAAGAUCUCAAGUGAGUAUGUGAAGUCAUUUGAGGUGGAGGACAAAUUAAUGCCAUCUACAUGGAUUGUUCUACGAAUAGACGGCCGUCAUUUCCACCAAUUCUCUGACAAGCAUGAAUUUAAGAAACCAAACGAUGAGCGAGCUUUGAAACUGAUGAAUGCUUGUGCAGAGGCAAUGUUUGAAGAGUUUCCAGAUUUAGUCUUCUCAUAUGGAGUUAGUGAUGAGUACAGUUUCGUUUUCAAAAAAACAACAGAAUUGUACAAUAGGCGAUCCAGCAAAAUAGUUUCCAUGACUGUUUCUUUUUUCACAUCUGUCUAUGUCAUGAAAUGGAAAGAUUUUUUUCCGGACAAAGAUUUGAAGUCCAUACCUUCUUUUGAUGCUCGUACUGUUUGCUACCCCUCCACUAAGAUUGUUCGAGAUUAUUUGGCAUGGAGACAAGUAGAUUGUCAUAUUAAUAAUCAGUACAACACUUGUUUUUGGAAGCUGAUUGAAUCCGGAAUGACCAAAAGUGAAGCUCAAAAUAGAUUAAAGGGUACUCAAACCCAGCACAAAAAUGAAAUUCUUUUCCAACUUGAGGUAAACCACUCCGAUCUACCCGCCAUAUUUCGUAAAGGAUCCUGCGUGUUCAGGGGCAAGGUCACAGAGUGAAGUACAGUGAAAAUGGACAACCUGUCAAAAGAUCAAGAAAUAAGGUGAUUACUGAUCGUUGUGAUAUUAUCGGAGACGAAUUUUGGAAAGAGCAUGCGAGCAUCCUCGAGGACGAGUAGAAAUCAUCACAUAGUACAUCGAGCACAAGUUCCGUUUCAGAAUCAUCUUGCUCUAUAUUAUAGGAUUCAUUGAUUAUUUUGGUAUUAAUUAUAGAGAUUUUUACAUUCUAGAUUGUCUUAAAAGGGAAUGCUUAACAUGUCAUUGUAAAUGACCAUGUGAAUUCAAAGCUAUGGGGUGAGUUGAUCCACCGGUUAUUUCAAUAAAAAAUAAACAGUAAUUAAAUAUGAAGGUGGAGAGCAGGCAGAAGCGGUUGCAAUUU